AGUUGUAAAUAACCUCGAGCGUUGUGUGAACGUGUUUUUUUUUCAAACUAUUCGACCGAGUUAAAAAAAAAAAUAGAAUAAAAUAAAUAUUACACAAAAAAAAACUAAAACCCACAAAAUUCAUACAAUUUAUAAAUAAAAUGUUAUUAUAACGGAAAUGUAGAACAAACAAAAGGAAACGGAAGUGCAUUUGAGAAAUAGUUCAGUUUUUUUAUAAAACGAAAAUAAAAGUGAAACAAACAAAAAAUAGAAACGAAAUAAACAUAAAUAUACGAAAUAAAAUUUUUAACGAAAAAACGUGCAUAUUUUAAAGUUUAAAAAAAUACGAAAAAAGUUUAUAGUGUUUUAUUUAAAAAGAUUUAUUUGACAAAUAUGAUUUAUACGAAAGCGGUUUAUAUACUGCUGAUAAAUAUAAUAUUAUUACAAUGUUGUGUCCAUACUCUGGCCUACACACAAAUUUCCUCUAAUAUGGGAAGUGGAGGAACAGAUGAUAGAAGUGAUGGCGGAGGUGGCGGUCCAAAAAUAUAUAAAGCAGUCAAUUUUGAUUUAAUAUUUCCAAAGAGUUUUAAUUCAAGUGAAAAUGUAAUCUCUACAACACCUGAAACGAUUCCCUUGCCAACAAAGACUUCGUCGAGUAGCAGUGGUAGUACAUAUGUUGGUCAACCAUAUUAUCCUUUGCCACAAUCAUCAAAUGAACCAGCAAGAGACGUUGAACGACAGGAGCCAACUCUAUUUAUUACACCAGCACCACCACCACUAGCAUUGGCAACGACAGCACCAUCUAAUGAGGCUGGCAUUUACGACACACAACAGCAACAACAACAACAACAACAACAAAACUACAAUGCACAAGUGGUGACACAAAAUGCCAUAAAUAUUCAGCAGCAACAGCAACAACAACUUAAUGAUAAUAACAAAGCCGAAAAGGAGCUAAAGCAACAACAACUACAACAGCAGCAGCAACAACAACAAUAUUUAGCUACUGGUCGUGCUGUCGAUUAUCAUGCUGGUUAUCCCUUUGGUCAACUUAUCACGCCAUUAAUCAAAAAUGCACCACGUCCUGUGUAUCGCAAACCCGUAACAUCGUAUUCAACAUUCCCAUCGUCAUCAUCAUCGGUAGCAGCAGCAAAGUUAGCAGCACCAUCAAAUGUUGGCAAAAUUAUCUAUCCUCAGGCUAUGUAUCAACAAAAGCCACCAAGCCAAGCAGAAAUUGAUAAGUUACGCGGCAAAGGUACUUUUGGCGAUCGUUUUUCACCCAGUGAAGGUGUAGCUUCACAUACUUUCAAAUCAAAUCAUGAUCAUUCGCAUGAUCACUCACACGACCACAAUCAUCAUAAUCACAAUCCCACCUAUACGCAGGCUGGAAAAACAGCCUCCGCUUCUAAUAUGGUAAAUUCUUAUGUGGCUCCCAGCAAUUUGUAUUCGUUUCCACCCAACAAUGUUAAUUAUCCUACACAAGCACAAGAUACAAAAAUCGCCUUAGCCUCAGGCACAGUGAAUUCAUAUUCUGCUCCAGCAUCGGGACCUUUGAAAAAUUCGAAUUAUAACUUAGAUACAUCUAGUAGUAAUAGCAGUCCGUAUCAAUAUAAUGGACCAAUUAGUGCUGGUUAUUUACCACCCUCGAAUGACAACAGCAACAAUGGUGAUGCUAAAGAAGAGGGUAAAAAUACAGAUGGUGGAGGUGAUGGUGAUUUGGAUAAUGGUGGUGGCGAUGAUUCAGUGGGUGUUCUACCGGCCAGUGCUAUGGAUCAGAUUAAUGAUGGUGGUAAUUCAGAUGGUAAUGGUGAUAUGUCCGGUGAUAUGGGUGGUGGUGAUAUGGCAGGAGAUAUGGCUGCGUCCAUGGAUUCACAAGAUGCUCCCGAUGAUAGUUCUUAUGAUACGGGAAAAGAAUAUCCCACCCCUCCUCCUAGUUGGUUGAAAGAACAUCCUGAAGCGGCUCAAGAACAUCCGCCUAGGAAACCCGAUAUAGAAUUUGAUCAUUCACAUGAUCAUCAUCAUAAACCCGAUAUUAUAUUUGAUCAUGAUUAUUAUCAUCAUUCCUAUCCCUCGUAUCCCAUAUAUCAUCAUCAUUAUCCCGAAGUUAUUUAUGAUGAUCAUCAUCAUGAUCAUUCUCACGUAGAGCCACCACCACCUACCACUACUACAGAGGCUCCGCCACCAGAACCACCACCAGAGCCACGUGUUAAGAAAUACAGUUAUUUCUAUAUUGGCCGUAAACUUUGGUAUAUUCCCUUGUAUUUCACCAUUUGGUUUAGUUUUUAUGUGCUCUGGUUGAUUUUAAAAUCCAUAGCCAGACAUAAGGUUAAUUUGCCCAAUCAUUAUGUUUCGCGUCGAAGUGUGAAUUAUGAUUUUUCCAAAAAUAAACAGGAAACCUUAAAUCAACUUACAGUUUCGGUUUUAGAUCAAAUCGAUAAAUUUAAGAGAAAAUACUUGAAUUGAAUAAAUCGGCGAAAAACAAAUACGUGUACAAAGUUAAAAUAUUAAUAAAUAAUUAAGAAUUUAUAUAUUAAAAAUUAA